GAUUCUAUAAAAAUGCCAGGGAAAAGAAAAGUUUACAGGAAAACAGUUACCAAAGGGUCAGUGGAUCAUAAGAAUCAAAGGAAAAGACAGGAUACUUCUCCAAGCAAAGCUCAGACUUCAAGGAAUAGUGCUCAAGGGAGGAUUACUCAAGCGAGAGCUGCUCCAGUCUCUGCAAUGCAGAAGCAAGCUUCUAAUGUCGAUUCUGAAGGAUGGUGGGACACAACUUUGAAGCUAGCCUUAUUUGGUGCUGCAGCGGCAGGAGGCUACUACUUAGGCUCUAAAUUAAAUGAAUCUAACCAGAAUUCUGACAAAGAUACCCAAAAUUACUCAGAAUCUGCAUCACAUUAUCUAGAUAAGCACCAAGAAGAAAGUAAUGAGGAAUUUAAAGAGGUAUAUGAAGAAGACUUCAAAGAAGAAUUUUAUGAGGAUUUUGCUAUAGAUGACAAUGCCUCAAAUCGCCCACCUUGCUAUCGUUUUCAAGAUCAGUUUAGGAGAUGUAUAAAUGAAAACAUCAAUGAUAUUAAAAAGUGUAAUGAUUUAACUGAAUCAUUGGAAAAUUGUCAGAGAGAUCAUUCUAAUAUCAUAUAA